AUGGAUGGCUACCGGGGUAGGGAACCAGUAAAUCUGGAAGAACUUCCGCAGCUUUACAGCAUCAUCCGUGGAGAGGUGGCAUCUGUCACAGCCUAUGGAGCCUUCGUGAAGAUUCCUGGCUGCAGGAAGCAAGGUCUGGUCCACAAGAGUGAGAUGUCAUCAUGCCGUGUGGACAACCCCUCAGAGAUUGUGGAUGUUGGAGAGCAGGUGUGGGUGAAGGUCAUUGGGCGAGAGAUACAAGAAGAAAAGGUGAAACUCUCAUUUUCGAUGAAAGCUGUCAACCAAGGGACAGGGAAGGACCUGGAUCCCAACAAUGUGAUGUUAGAGCAGGAUGAGAGGAGGCGGAGGCAGUUCAGAGAUCACACCAGCCGGAGAAUAACACUGGAAGCCGUUCUCAACACCACCUGCAAGAAAUGCGGCUGCAAAGGCCACUUUGCAAAGGACUGCUUCUCUCAGCCUGGCCUGCAGUACAGCCUGGUACCCGAUGAGGAAGAGGAGGGCGAGCAGGAGCCGGCAAGCCUGGCCACCCAGCAGCCACACAAGAGGAAGAAGGAGAAGAAGUCAAAGAAGAAGAAGAAGAAGAAGGAGAAGAAGCAGAGUUCUUCAGACUCAGACAGCAGUGACAGCGAUGAAGACCCUGGGCCGGCCAAAAGAGGGCGCUCUUCCAGCGAGGCGGGCAGCAGGGAGGAGAAGAAAAAGAAGAAGCACAAAAAACAGAAGCACAAAAGUCACAGGAAACGGGAGUGAAGGAGACGGGACCACAGGACCUUAUUCUGUGUGUGCAUGAGAGGAAUUUUGUGUGAGAGCUAUGCCCGCUCUCGGCCCAUGAGGGAACCUCUGUGCCCACCACGGUUGCCAGAAGCUGCUGCAAUCAUCCUGAGUGGCAGAGGUCAGGCUGCUUGUUUGGAAGUGUCUGUUCUGUUCAGUCGUCAUCACAGACACUUUUUCAAGAUUAGCACCCUGCAGGGCUGUUGCAUACCUUGACCUGGGGGCUGUGACCCUGCAGGGCUGUGACCUUUUACCCUGACACCAUUAACCCUGACCCAAACUGAGCCCUGGCAUAUUUGUAUGCCUCUCUCGUAGAAUUGCCUGAGUCCUACAGAGCCCUGACCCAGUCAAGGCCUUACAAACUGUCAUCUGUGUGUCCAUGUGUUUUCUUUAUUUUGUUUAGGUUCCAUUAAAGGAGUCUUUUAAA